AUGUCCAGGAGCGCGCUGCUUCUGGCGGUGGUUGGUGCGGCGGCCUCGGCCACGCCGCGUACUCUGCUGCGGCCGGACACCCGGGACACAUCCAGCCGACACGUGCUGACGCAGCUGCGCGGCGGCGGGAGAAUUUCCGGCACCUUUGGCGCCGCGUUGCACGGCGCAACCGCGACUCUGUUUGCCGCCCGGACCGAACCCAAGGGGCAGAAGGCCAUGCGGCUCGAGAGGCACGUGCGUGGCGUCGUCUUUGGUGGUAUGGACGGCAUCCUCACCACGUUCGCGCUGCUCGCGGCGGUCGCUGGCUCGCGCCACACCUCAACUUCGCUCACGCUUGUGAUUGGCAUCUCGACGGUGCUCGCUGACGCGCUGUCGAUGGCGGCGGGAGAGUACCUGUCGGCCAAGGCGGAGGCGCAGAUGGCAGCCGGCGCGCCACCUGACGAGCCUGGUCCGCUCGAGAAGGGCGUCGCGAUGUUCCUCGCAUUCACUGCGUUUGGGUCGAUGCCUCUCCUGGGCUACAUCUCUGCGGCGCUGCUGACCUCCUUUGCGGGCAGCGCUGUCGCGCCGCAGCGCUACUUUGCCCUCUCUGUCGUCAUCACCGCCGUGACGCUCUUCUCGCUCGGCUGCAUCAAGGCGCGCUUUGUCGACGACGUCUGGUGGCACUCUGGCGCAGAGGCGAGCGCAGAGGGAGGCGGAGUGCUCGCGAUUGGCGGCGCCGCGGCGUGCGUCGCCUUCUACACCGCUAAGCUCGUCGACCGGGCGAUCGCUUGAGGGGCAGCUGGAGCACGGUGGCUGGUGGCCGAGUUGCGAGAAGAGGGGAGCAGACCCUUCAGCCGUGCGGGAACCUCUUCUGAGAUGUGUGCAUGUGCGCGGGUUGGUCGAUGCGUGGGGUCCGCCCAAGCCGCCGAGAGCACACACGGGGAUGGGACCUCCGCGCCCCCGACGAAGGGUGCUCAGUCCUCAGAGUGGUCAGAGAGCAGCCCGCGCGACGCAGAGCCGGCCGCUCGGUCUCACUGGGCUCGCACGUCGCAGUCGCAAGAGUCUUUCUAUCAAAAAGGACGCAUGUAAGGAUGUAUU